GCAUACUUCCAUUCAUACAUUUGAUCAACUAACCAUACUGGUGAAGGCCAGAAAAACACAAUACAGAGUUCUUCAACAUUUCAAUGGAAACAACUCUUGAUAUUGACCUUAACACCAAUCCCAGAAGUAACCACAGUGAAAUUCCGAAUGAGGAUUCAGAAAAGGAAUUUGGUGGGGAGAGCAAGUCAUCGUCAAUGAAAGAAGAGUCUUAUAGCUUUUUGAUUCAGCAGUUAAAUCAGAUGAAAUUUGAGAAUAAGAAGCUGAUAGAAUUAAUCACUAUUGUGUGUGAAAAUUACAACAAUUUGAUGCAAAAUUACCCAGGAGAUGAACUCUUGAAAUCAAGAAAGAGAAAGGCUCAUUCUACAGAAAAUGGUGACAAUUCUGUUGGAAAAAAUGGAUUCACUUGUAGCUUAUGUGAUGAAGGGUCAUCUGGGACACCAAAUGAAAUUGUGUCAAAUGUUUCAAAGGUUCAUGUACGCAUCGAUCCAUCUGAUACGAGCCUAUCAAUGGAAACAACUCUUGAUAUUGACCUCAACACCAAUCCCAGAAGUAACCACAGUGAAAUUCCGAAUGAGGAUUCAGAAAAGGAAUUUGGUGGGGAGAGCAAGUCAUCGUCAAUGAAAGAAGAGUCUUAUCGCUUCUUGAUUCAGCAGUUAAAUCAGAUGAAAUUUGAGAAUAAGAAGCUGAUAGAAUUAAUCACUAUUGUGUGUGAAAAUUACAACAAUUUGAUGCAAAAUUACCCAGGAGAUGAACUCUUGAAAUCAAGAAAGAGAAAGGCUCAUUCUACAGAAAAUGGUGACAAUUCUGUUGGAAAAAAUGGAAUCACUUGUAGCUUCUGUGAUGAAGGGUCAUCUGGGACACCAAAUGAAAUUGUGUCAAAUGUUUCAAAGGUUCAUGUACGAAUCGAUCCAUCCGAUACGAGCCUAGUAGUAAAGGAUGGAUAUCAAUGGAGAAAAUAUGGACAAAAGGUGACUAGAGACAAUCCAUCUCCUAGAGCCUACUAUAAGUGCUCUUUUGCCCCAUCUUGCCCAGUCAAGAAGAAAGUGCAAAGAAGUGUUAAUGAUCCAUCACUUUUGGUAGCAACUUAUGAAGGCAAUCACAACCACAAAAAUCCUAAUGAAGAUGAAAUUUCAAUAGAAUUGUUAAAGGGAGUAAAUGAUAUCUCAUCCUCCAGCUUUGUCUCCUUAUCCAUGGUUGAACAAAUGGCAUCUACUUUAACAAGAAAUCCCAGUUUCACGGAAGCACUAGCAGCAGCAAUUACAGGGAGAAUUUUAGAUCAUGAAAUUGAAGAAAAUUGAUUCAAGAAAAUUUCAAGGAUUUCAAUCUUUAUUGGCAUCUGGGUUCAUUUGAGAAUGUAAAAUUUAGCCAAAAAUUGUUGAAUCUGCAUUGUUAAAGGUAAUGAAGUAGUAGAUAUUGUUUGGGAAACGGGAUUGUUGUCAAGUUUUGUUUCGCUUGUUGAAGACAGUAUAUAAAUAAAUAAACAAAUCUAUUUCUCAAUUA